AUGGCCCCCGGGCAGGGUGGGAAGAGGAAGCGCGGUGAGCGCUCGUGGCCUGGCGACUCGGCCAGUAACGAUGCUCUGAGACCUUCUCCUCAUCGCCCCGGCACGCUCAACAUGGCACAGCAUCCCUCUCAACCAGGGCACCACCCCAGUCCUCACCGCGACCAAAAUGAGGCGCGCGACAGAUCUCGUCGGCAGUCCGGCCAUCGCGGCAAUUCCCGCCGAGGCUCCUUUGAAGGCCAAAAUUUUCCAAGUUCACAGCACAGAGAAUCAGGCGCAAUGUCUCCUCCUCCUCGCGCCCCAUCCAGGGAAGGUGUGGACGCUACCCAGAAAAGUGGUGAAUACACAACUUCCCAAGCGAAACAGUCGCCAGCUCCCAGUACCCCUGCUUCACAGCCGCAGCCGCAACCUGCAUCUCGGGCUGGCUCCGAGGCGAAUGUCACCCGCCCUUCGGCCCCUCCUCAUCCCUACGAAUACGAAUUUGUCACGGACCGUGCUGUGGAAGGGUGGACAUCGACUGGAAAGCAAAAGGUUGUGAAUGACGGCUCUACGGCUCGGUUGGACCAAGAUCUUGCGCGUUUGGCCUCUGUCUACCAAGAGCUCAUUAGGUCUGCAAUUUACGGCCGACUGUCGCCUUCAGAGGCCGGAAAUGCUGUGAAAGAAAUUAUCGGCAACGAAGCUGCAUCUCAAGAUGGAGGAGCAGAAGUCGAAGCGCAAAGGCACCCAACCCUAGACUUCGACCCGUCCUCGUUGUUCCUCGACACCCUCUCAAUCCUUACCGAUGCCGACACCUUGAAUCCCGCUCUCAAACCCCUCGUCUUUGCAACCGACAUCUCCCCAGAACUCAUGCGCCUCCAGCUUGAUACCCCCUUGUUACAGUCCUUAGGGCUAGUCCGUGAAACGUUCGCGCGCAUGGGAAUUCGAAAGCAAACCAAUUUGCUUUACCGACAGUCCAACUACAAUCUUCUCCGAGAAGAAUCUGAAGGAUACUCAAAGCUUCUCACAGAGCUGUUCACCACGAGCAGCAACGAACCGCCAUCGAGUGAGGUAGUCGAAGAUACUUUUGAGAGGGUUAAGGCCAUGAUUGGCGCAUUCGACAUGGAUGUCGGGCGAGUGCUGGAUGUGACGUUGGAUGUGUUUGCUGCAGUGCUUGUCAAGCAGUAUCGCUUCUUUGUGAAGUUGCUACGAGCCAGCUCCUGGUGGCCUAAGGAGGAGUCGUUCCAUGAUUUGGAGAGGCUCUCACGAGCCGCUGGAUUGCCAAAGUGGGCACUUCCCGGGUCAACUGGAUGGAAUACCACCGAGGAAGAGCGAGCUAGUAUUUUGCAGUUAAAUGAGCAGCGUGACCGAGAAUUUUGGGACCGAGUGCGACAGCUUGGCAUUCGAGCAUUCUUCGAGAUUGGCCGCAAGCCACUGUCAGAAGAUGAAAAGAAAAAAGCCUUACCGGAAACCAAUCACCUCUCCGAAGAACAGGAAGCCACACGGACGUGGAUCGAAGAAACUGGAACGAUGCCUCCGAAGGGCAACCGGGUUGCAGCUCAGCUCCUUGGCUUCAAGCUACGAUUUUACUCUUCUUCAGCUCGAUCUAAAUCCGACAACCUGCCCGACAACCUCAUCUACCUGGCCGCCUUGCUCAUCAAGGUUGGCUUCAUCUCUCUACGUGAUCUCUACGCCCACCUCUGGAGGCCCGACGAUUCGAUGGACGUUCUCAAGGAGGAAAAGAUGGCAGAGAAGGCAGAGCGAGAGAAAGCUGCCCGGCCUGGCGGCGGUGUCAAUGCCCUGAUGCUAGCUGGUGCUUUAUCUGACGACACGCUCCCACCCCCUUCCCGUCUUCGCGAGCCCGAAUCUCGGAUGGCUACCCCAUCUCGAGACCCGGAUGCCGACAAGCAACCGCCACCCAAACCUGAGGAUACUCUGCCAGACCCUUCAGAUCAAAAAGUAUUACUGCUGAAGAGUCUUCUCGCCAUUGGGGCGAUUCCCGAGUCUUUGUUCGUUAUGAGCAGAUUCCCAUGGUUGAUGGAUGGUUACCCUGAACUCCCCGAUUUCAUCCACCGCAUCCUUCAUUACUCUUUGAGCAAGGUGUACUCGCCACUUCAGCCUUUGGCCUCCGUGGAGAAUCUCCCUGGCCACCAGCAGAUCCUGAGUCCCGAUCAGUCUGGAGUCGCCAAAGGUCAGCUUCGCCUAACAGACGCGCCGCCGAGACGGGUUCUUCGCUGGGCUCAGCUGGAUACAGAAGACACAAACGAGGGUAUCGCAUACCGCUUUUACUGGGAUGACUGGACAGACAACAUUCCAGUUUGUCAGUCUGUUGACGAUGUUUUCGCCCUAUGCUCUUCUUUCCUCAACCUUUCAGGCCACAAGAUCGGCCAAGACGCGAGCCUCCUCGCCAAGCUUGCGCGUAUCGGUACGGAUAGUAUUGCAAAGGAUGAUUCAGAGGCGAACAAGAUUCGUUGGCGAGACCUUUGCAAACGCCUUCUCUUGCCCGCAGUUAGUUUGACCAAGGCAAAUCCCGGUGUGGUCAACGAGGUGUUCAACCUGGUCAGCUUGUUCCCCCGUGAGGUUCGGUACAACAUGUAUGCAGAGUGGUACUCUGGACAAACCUCAAGACUGCCCGACAUCCAGUCCGCUUUCAAACAAGCGACAGCAGAGACCAAAGACGUACUCAAGCGUCUCAGCAAAACCAACAUUCGGCCCAUGGCUCGUGCUCUGGCUAAGAUCGCCUACGCCAACCCCGGUAUCGUCAUCAACGUCGCCAUUGGUCAGAUCGAAUCGUAUGAGAACCUCAUCGAGGUCGUGGUGGAGUGUGCUCGCUAUUUCACGAACCUGGGCUACGACAUUCUCACCUGGUCGCUCAUCAAUUCUCUUGGCCAGAAAGGAAGAAGCCGCGUACAGGAGGGCGGUCUUCUGACCAGCCGAUGGCUGAAUGCUUUGUCCACCUUUGCUGGCCGGACUUUCAAACGUUAUUCGGUGAUGGAUCCUGCACCUCUGUUGCAGUACGUCGGGGAGCAGCUGCGUCGCAACAACUCAACCGACCUCAUCGUACUUGAGCAGCUGAUCAGUUCGAUGGCCGGUAUCAUCACGGACACAAACUUCAAUGAUGCCCAAAUCCAGGCUAUGGCAGGUGGCGAGGUACUCCAAUCUCAGACCAUUCUCCAGCUCUUGGACAAGCGCCACGAGUCGAAGACCACAUCCAAGCGACUGUUGAAAUCACUGACCCAUACUCGACUUGCGGGUCAGUUGCUGGUUGCGAUUGCCCAGGAACGAAUGACUUGCGUCUUCAACGAGUCAUCUUCGGAGCUUAAACUUCUGGGCAACAUCUUUGACGAGAUCCACCGGAUUCUAACUCAAUAUCUAGAUCUCCUGCGUAGCAACCUGUCGAUUGAGGAGUUUGACUCCUUCGUGCCGGACUUUGCUUCUCUGGUCAAAGACUUUGGCAUUCAACCCGAGAUCGCAUUCUGGAUUAGACGUCCUAGCGUUUCACGGAAGAUUGCCGAGAAUGAGCUUUCGAAGCAAAAGCCUGAAGCUUCUGCUACGAACGCUGGUAGUGACAACGGAGCCACUGGAGCCCAGUCCAACGACGAUAGCAAAAUGGACGUCGACGAAGGCGAGGUGACAGCCGAGACCACUGAGGCUGCAGACGGGAAUGCUAUGGAUGUCAACAAAACAGAGCAGUCUACUUCUGCGUCUCCAACCGUCGCCACCCCUAGCCCCUUGGCUGCUAACCCCGUUAUGCAGGAUUUGAUCGAGAAUAUCAAGUCCUCGCUGCCUGCUGAGACGUGGGAAAAUGUUGGUGCGCAUUUCUAUGCGACUUUCUGGCAACUCUCUCUGUAUGAUGUCCACGUUCCAGAGAAAUACUAUGAUGAAGAGAGACGCCGCCUGCAACGACGUGUCACUGCACUGAACAAUGACCGAACCGAUCUCAGUAUGGUCGGCAUGCAACGAAAGGACCAGUCGAGAAGGAGUCUCAACCAAAUUCAGGAUCAGCUUCUAUCAGAAUUGAAGGCUCAUACUCAAGCAUAUGCCCAAACUCGCGGCAGACUGCAGAAAGAAAAGGAGCGGUGGUUCGCUCACAUGCGACUAAAGUACGACCCAUUAAAUGUUGCUCUGUUAGAGCAAUGUUUCAUUCCUCGUCUGCUACUUUCGCCACUCGAAGCUUUCUUCUGCUUCAAGAUGCUCAAGUUCCUACACAACUCGGGAACCCCUAAUUUCCGAACCAUGGGCUUGCUGGAUCAACUCUUCCGUGAACACCGACUCGUUGCCCUUAUCUUCCUAUGCACCUCCAAGGAAGCAGACAACCUGGGACAGUUCCUAGGCCAGGUCAUGAGUGAAUUGAGCGAGUGGCAUGCGGACCAAGCUGUCUACGAGAAGGAGGCUUUCGGAUCCAAGAGAGAUCUGCCUGGGUUUGCCAAAAAGCUUGACCCUGAAGGCGUCCCGGUUGUUUUCCUUGAUUACGAGGACUUCCGGCGUCUUCUUUACAAGUGGCAUCGACUGAUCAACAAUGCACUUCAAACAUGCCUGAAAGGGGGCGAGUACAUGCACAUCCGCAAUGCUAUUAGUAUCCUCAAGGCGAUCGUUCCUUCUUUCCCUGCCGUCAACUGGAUGGGUAUACAGCUGCUGGAGACCGUGAAUCUUCUGAGCAAGAAUGACGAGCGAGACGAUGUCAAGAUUCCUGCUGCGUCGCUCAUCGGUGAUUUCAACCGGCGAUCUAAGAAGUGGAUGCUUCCGCAACAGUUCUAUAUCAACAACAGCGGUGUCCCGGAUGCUGGACAGGACAAGGCUGGUUCUCAGCCCCCAGGAGACCGAACUAAGGCUGAUCUUUCACGGCCUCAAUCCUCAACACCUACGCCCUUGAAUGCUUCCGCACCUGAAUUCCAGCCUGAAACCCACGAUAUUGCGGGCGUUUCAAAGCAGGAAGCCCUUAGUAAGGUCGAAGUUGAGGAUGGCGAGAUUGAAGAUGCCAAGAUGACUGAUGCUGGAUCGGAGAGAGGCGCUGAGGACGUGAAGUUCGGAGCUUCUGCGCGGAAUGUGCCGACGCCAACAGGCACUGAUACCACCUCUACUGUCAUGGACACGAGUGCGGAUGGCGAUCGUCUGCAACCUCCUAUUGCAGACCAGCGUGGACAGAGGGAGUCAUCAAGGUCAAGACUUGGCCCCCGAGGGCCUGAUUCAGGGCGCCAACUUGAUAUCCCGAAGCGGCCAGACGUCGAACGUCCUCCUGCCAUUAACCCUCGACAACAGGCUCGUCUUCCCCGACAUGCCCCUGCGGAUAACAGACUGCCUCCUCGCCCGGACUUGAUGGACGACCGACGGGACAGGCAUGCGGACUUCAACCCGCGUACCCGCCAUAGCGGCCCUGAGCACAUACGUUUUGACGGUCCAAGCCAUGGGCGCAUGGGUGACCGAGACCGCGAUUUCCCAAUGAGGCCUCCUCUCGAUGAUCCGAUGCGUGGUCCGCCUUAUCGUGAGGGUGGUCGUCUUCCACGAGAUGCCGACUGGCCGGGUGACCGUCCAGGCCGCCCCCGACAUGACUCCUUCCAUGGUCGCGAAGGACCUCCUCGAGGCGAACUCCUGCCUGAAUUCCCUGAACGGCCAGUUGAAGGCCCCCGUCGUGGAGAACCACCUCUCCGUGGUGAAAAGGAUGAGCGUCGUCCCUACCAACAACGCGAGCGAUUCCCUGAUGACCGCCGAUCUGCCAGCUUCUCCCAGCCGGGCUUGGUCCCCGGUGAGAUCCCAAGAGGACCUCGUGCUGGUCAUGAUCCGAUGGGCCUGGAUAUGAGUCACGGUCGUUUGCGACAGCCUGAUCAACAGGACAUCCCAUCUGGUCCACGGCAAAGGAAUCGCGGACGCAAUGUGUCUGCACAGCAACCCGCUCCAAGCCCCAGCAAUGGCAAAGCUCCCACCCCUGAACGACAACUUCCCACGGGCCCUGGCCGGCAUGGCGGGCGUGGAGGACCUGAACAAUCACCCGCUACGCCAGCUCCCUCUGGAGAGCGUCUUGACGUCUCCGGCAUCCAUCCCGACCGACUCAACAAUAUUGUUGAUUCUACUCAGCAAGCACCCCCACCAGUGACAACACCCCAAUCGGGUCCUCGUGGUGGACCAAACCAGCAGCAAGGACCGCGUGGUCCUGGCGGAGAGCGUGGACGUGGCGAUAAACGAUUCGCGGGCAUCAACAACAUGCUUCAGCAGACUAACGGCCCUGCUGAACGCGGCAAUGUCACUCCACCGGUUCGUGGACGGGGUGCAAACCGACAAUCGACUGCCUCUAAUACUGGGUCUCCUCAUCCAACUGCUGGGCCUGCCGCUGCCGAAGAUGAAGGUCAACCUCGCAACCGACCUGAUGGUCGCGCUGACUUGAUGGACGACGCUACUACGCCCGACAAUCGCCGCUCUGGUCGAGGCAGCGAUCGCGAUAAGAAUCGUGACCGUGGACGCCGGCCUGGCGGCGGCGGUGCCGAAGAUGACACUGGCAGUGCCGGAAACCGACGUGAAGAUCGCCGAGACCGUGGUCGAGACUCCGAUCGCGAACGCAGUCGCCGAAGCGAUGUUGGUGCCGGUGGUUCUGCCGGCCGCGAGGAGAAGGACAGAGAUCGUGAACGCCAUCCGGAUCGGCGAAACCCUGGCUCGCGAGAAGAAUUGCGCCGACGGGACCGACGUGAUCGCGACGACGGACCACCAGAAAUGGGCGGCGUUGCCCCCAUUAGCGGCAAUGACAACGAGAAUGAAGGCCGUCUCCGUCCACCAUCCUCUAUGGGUGCACCACCUCCUCCGCCGCCGCCACCUCCACCUCCCCUUCCCAGUGAUGAGAACAACCCACGUCGUUGGGGCCAAGGUGGAGACCGCGGCAACCGUCCAGAGAAUCGAGACCGUGAGCGUGAGCGCCGUGAGCGCGGACGCGAGCGCGAUGGACACCACCGUGAUAGCGGCGGCGGCUCCACGCAUCGCAAGCGUGGCCGGCCCAACAACCCCGAGGACAAUGCCGGAGGGGAUGCAAAUGGCCGCGGACAGAGAAUGGGCGGCGAUAACAAGCGUCCUCGUCGCGGGCAGUGA